GUCCGUGCCUGUGAAGCAGUACUGCGGAUCGCGACUGUCAGUUCACUCAUGCUGCGCACACGAUCUCUGGCUGCUGACUCCAGUAUCUAGGGGCACUCUAGUGCGAUACUGCCCGUGGGAAUAUACAUACCGCAAACAUGUCACGGCAUCACAGGACGCCGUUGAAAAACGAGGAGAGUGUGGUGGAGGUGAAGAGUAAAUUUGAGGCGGAGUACCGAAGGUUUGCCCUGAAGAAGAAGGGAGCUGGGGGCUUCCAGGAAUUCUACCAACUGCUUCAGACCAUUCACCGAAUCCCCGGAGUGGAUGUGCUGCUGGGAUAUGCCGACAUCCACGGAGAUCUUCUUCCAAUUAACAAUGAUGACAACUUCCACAAAGCAUUGUCCUCUGCCAAUCCGCUGCUUCGAAUUAUCAUUCAAAGGAGAGAUGUAGAUGACUCGGUGCCGUUCCCCACAGGCUCUCUUCAAAGAAGAAAAAAGGGCCUAGGUGGUCUGCGUCAAGCGCAGCAGAAGUCCAAACCGACGCUGCUCAUCAGCAAUCCACAGGAUUUCCGCCAGAUCUCUUCUAUCAUAGAUGUGGACAUCUUACCCGAGACGCAUCUCCGUGUUCGUCUGCACAAGCACGGCACCCACAAACCCCUCGGCUUUUACAUCCGCGACGGCGUCAGUGUCCGCGUCACUCCUCAAGGGGUGGAGAAAGUUCCCGGCGUCUUCAUCUCUCGCCUCGUGAAAGGUGGUUUGGCAGAGAGCACAGGGUUGCUAGGAGUCAAUGACGAGAUUCUCGAAGUGAAUGGAAUCGAUGUGGCCGGGAAAUCACUGGACCAAGUCACCGACAUGAUGGUGGCUAACAGCCACAACCUCAUCGUGACGGUGAAACCCGCCAUUCAGCGCAACAACACGAUGCACCGCGCGAGUAAAACAUCUGCCGGCAAUAGUUCCGCUGGCUCGGGAGGCUCCGCCCUCUCACAUGACUCCGCCCCCAGCCCCGCCUCACAGAAUGCCAGCCAAUACAGCAACAGCAACAGUGUGGCUGAGGGCGACAGUGACGAUGAUACUGACCUCAUCAUCGAGAACGACAACCUGUACAUGCCACACCGUAUGACUAAUGGCAACAGCAGCCAUGGUAACGCCCUGUCGUCGGGUGCAUUUGCACACAGACCCCUCCCACAAAGUGUUUCCUUGCCCAGUAGCAGCUCUUUAAGCUCUCUGACCACACCCACACAUAACGGCAGCCCCACCAAGACAAGCAGUAGCCAAGAAAGCAUGAGAGAGGACGGCAACUUCAUUACGUUGUAGGAUUCACACCACAGUAGGAGCCUUUAUGCACAUUUAUAAGAAAAUGAAGGAACUAUUAUAUGAUCAACUACUAUUUUUCAGUCAUUACUAUCAGAAAAAACAACCUAUUCACAAUCAAUGAGGUCCCUCGCCCAGAUCACACAGGUUGCACUGUAUGGAAGUGCCUUAUGGCUCUCCAUUCCUCUCGCCUUAGUUAUUUUUUGUCUCUUCUUUUGGGAAAAAUCAACCAUAUUCAUCUCUAUUGACUCCGAGGACAGUCGAUCUGAAGUGUGCUAGUUGCUACUUGGAUGCCUGACGUUAUCACGUGCACCUCGGUGGACGUGAGAGACGAACAAAUCGCCUCUGUGGAAAUGAUGUGUCUUGUUGUGGAUUCAUCUCACUUUUUAUGAUGCCUCUUGCAUUGAUGAUGAUGAUGAUGAUGAUAAGGAGGAGGUGGAGAAAAAUAUACGAGUGUUAAAAUGGAUCUGAUCAGUGUUGAUUAUGCUUGUUUGCUCAUAUCAUCUCAUUCUGAAGCUGAUCAUAGUUUCUGUAGCUCAAAAUGUCCACCAAAAUGUGCUCUACAUGAUGAUUUUGAAGUGGUGUUAUUUGCAUUCAUCUCACAACUAAUUCACGUGUUUAUUAAUCACAUCUUUAAAAUGGAAAAACUCAAAAACGUGCAGUAUGUGAGAGACUGGAAGUGUAGCAUUAAGAGCAAUCCCAUUAUGUCAAAAUUUAAACAUGUUUUUACUAUUCUUGUUUGUUCAAAAGCCAUUUUAACACACCGAGUCAGCUUAAUUGUCGUAUUCAUUGUCAAAAAAUGUCAAAAAAAUGCAAAGUUUGAAUAUAUUGGGGUUUUUUCAUAAAUGGAAAUUAACACUUUUUGGGGUUUCUCUUCUGUCUUGUUGCAUUAAAGGAAUAGUUCACCCAAAAUUGAAAAUUCUUGGAAAUGACUCACCAUCAUGUCAUUCCAAACUUGUCCAAAUGGUAACCAGUUUGGGUUACCAUUUUCUUCCAAAGUAUGGAUAAAAAACACUUAAAAUAUCUUCUCUUAUGUUUCAUAGAAGAAAGAAAGUCAUACAGGUUUGGAUCGACAUGACCAAAUUUUUAUUUUUGGGUGAACUAUCCCUUUAAGCUUUAUAAAACGGUUUGAAUUUUGCAUUUUAUUGUUAAAAGAAGCAUUCUUGGACAGGUUCUUUCUUUUUGAAGGACGUCAACCCAUUUUUCUCGCUUUGUUUUUAGUUUUUCUCCCCCUCCAGUAAAAUAGGAAUCUAUAUACUUAUCUGGCACCGGUGCGGCGUAACUUCAGAAAGACCUGACCUCUCAUUGACUCAGUCUGUUUUUCUGUAAAGAGAAAAAAGGAAAUUCCUUUCAUGUUUGGAAAGGCCAGAAUUCUGCACAUUGGGACCUUUUUCACACAGUCCACUCCUGAUGGCCAAAGCUGUGAGGCUUUUUUAGCCAUGGUGAGUGUGUGUGUAUGUGUGUGUUCAGUCAUAUUUUUAAAGUAUAAUCUUACAGAAACGGCACUGAGGUGGACACUCUCAGACUCCGAGCCAAAUAUUGGUUUCUCUAAUGUCCAACAGACCCGAGUGCUGUUUUCAGGCAACGAGUUCCCAGGUGAACGCUUGUUUAGACCGUGGAGAUACCUGCCUCGGGACGUCCAGCGCUUCAAAGGUUGUCUAUCAAACCAAGCGGCACUGAUGGAGGAAGGACGGUGAAAUGCAUAAAACAUCCCAGCGCUCGAAGGAACUUGAGCGAAUUCUCCUUUAUCAUGAUUAUAUUUGGGGAUGAAGAAAAUGUUACUAAUAUGUUUUGUUUUUUUUAACCAUUCCGAAUGUUUUGAAGGACAUCUCAAGUUUUAAAUUCUCAGUUAGAAGCAGGUGUCGGUGAAAAUAAUUAGGAAGCCAGUGUCAUAACUGAUGGGCGUGAUUCACGAAGGUGUAGCCUCAUCUGGUUUAACUCGAUCGGCAAAACAAACGAGGUGUUCCUACGCCGCAAAACUGACAUUUAUCAAGCUAGCCUUGAGUCUGAAAGAGAAUGUAGUUUAUUUGAACAGGUCUAGACGUAACAUCUGCACAACUGACACUCGGUGACUCAUUGCCUCGGGUUUUCACAGCAACAUUGUUACAGAGAGGACAACUGAAACCGGAGGAUGAUUUGAAACGUAUAGCAAGAGACAGCUGAAGAAGCGUGAACUGUCACUUUGUUUUGUUAUCUGUAUUUAAUUUAAAAUGUUUUAUUGGCAUUCUCUGGAUGGAGAGAGUAAAUGGAAAGUGAUGCGCUGGGUUUUUAAUAAGAAAGUGAUGGGAUGUAAACAGCACACAAUCGGAGCGCCAAUAAUACCACAUGAGCAUUAUUUUUUUGUGUAUGUGAAAAUGUAUGUAUAAAUAGAAAUAUGUAAUGAUGGACACUUUUGUACACUAGGAGCCCUUUUUAUAAAAAAGAGCAUUUUAUAUAUAUGUGUAAAAUAUGGAAAGUAUUUUUCUUAUUCUUGUACUUUUGUAUGUAUAUUAGAAUUCUGGAAAGGAGGUUUCUAUUUCUUUUGAGAAUCACAAAAUUAAACUCUUUAGACGCUUGUGUUUUUAUUAUAAUCAGAUGGGUCAAGGUGUACAAUACUGUGAAUGUUAUAAGCUGAUUAUGAAAUGUUCUAUUAAGAUAAUAAAAGUAUUUAAAAUUUA